CCGUUCCUUCGGUUCCUUGGGCUCCCCGUAAGCGCACGUGAAGCGCAGCGUGAAGCGCUCGAUGCGCUUCUUCCUGUCGGGCAGCGGCAGCACCGCAGCCAUGGCCAGCCUGAGCUACUGCGAGCGCGUGGUGCGGUUGACACGGAAGCCGCCACACGAGCUCCACUUGGCCUACUUGGGAACUCCCAUGUAUGACUUGGAGCGCUUCCGCGUGAAGUUGUUGACGCCCUUCCUCCAGCUGGGCGUCACCUGUCAUCCCAUCGACCUCGUGGAGACGCAACGCCUCUCGGAGGAGCACCGAGCCUGGUUGCUGAAAAGCGACAUCAUCUUGGUCAGCGGUGGCAAUACGUUGUAUGCCAUGGAUCUUUGGAAGGCUACCGGUGUGGCGGAGCUACUGGCAGAAGUCAAGGACACCGCCGUUUUCUGCGGAGGCUCUGCCGGUGCCAACUGUUGGUUUGAUGGCGGGCAUUCCGAUUCGAUGGAUCCCAUGACCUUCCGCAAGAGCAUGGCGCCCAGUUCUGGUGAGCUCUCGGAGUUCGACGGGCCAAGCAAAAGCUGGGAGUACAUCCGAAUCGAAGGCCUGGGUUUUCUGCCGGGGCUUUGUUGUCCGCACCACGACCGCGUGCAGAGCAACGGGGUCCUCCGUGCGGAGGACUUCGAGAAACUGCUGCGCAGGCACCCGCAGGAGCGAGGCAUUUGCAUCGAUGACUGGGCCGCCCUGGAGAUCGACGGAGAAUCCUAUCAGAUAUUCGUCGCGCCCGACGCACCCAAGUCGGCGAAGGUCUUCAUCAAGGAGAUCGACGGAGGGACGCUCCAGGCCACGGGCGUGCCAAUGGAGGGCAAGUUGCACGAGCUCCUGCGCCGGGCGAGUGCAAUCACGUGCCUCGGAACACGGCAAGCGGCUAGCAAGAUGAGCGACAAGAGCUUUGUCGUGUGCUGAAUCCCAUCGGUUAGCAAG